AUGUGGAAGAUGGGCAUUCCGAAUGUUAUGGUUGGGAGUCGGCCAAAGGGGAGUAUCGUGAGGACAAAAUGGAAAAACUUGCGAGACACAUUUCGCAAAGAACUUAAAAAAAAAACAGUACAACGAUCGGGGGAUGGGGCAUCCUCUUGGACAUCAUCUUGGCAAUAUUUUGAUAGUCUUUAUUUUUUAAAAGACCAAUUUACUGCCCGAGUAAGCACCGGAAAUUUGCCCGAAACUGAGCAAGACAUCAAUAUUCUGGAUGAAGAUACAAACAGCCAGUUAUCAGAAUCCCGAUUAGAACCAAAUAAUCAAAACUUGGAUGAUUCUACUUAUGCCGAUGAACCACCAUUGAUGAACGUUUCGUCACAGAACAAAACCAGUGAACUGACUUCAACUACUACACCUACAAUUAACAAAUUAAAACGAAAGAACCAAAAUGACACAGAUCUUGGUGCCGCACUUAUAAGAUUAGAAGAACAAAAAAUCAGGAUUCUAGAAAAAGAAAAGAAAAGUCAAACACUUGAUGAAGACGAUUGCUUUUUUGACAGCCUUCUACCGCAUAUACGCUCGCUCAUCCCACAAAGAAAAAUGUUAUUAAGGAUGAAGAUGCAAGAACUUGUUUAUAACUUUGUUUACAAUGAUCAGCCGCCCAAUCAAGUUACUGAAAGCCAAAUGAUUACUCCUGAUAAUAUGGCUGAUAGUAGUUUUUGGGUGAAAGAUCUCUCCCUUUUCAAAGGCUUUCACUUUGGAAUUUCAGCAGCCUUUUUCACAAAAAAAUCGUGGACACACAGACAGAGCGAUCGUGGCUAUAAAUUUUUUGCUGAGGGGUAUAUUCAUGAUGUGUUCAUACACAAGAAUGAGUGUACCAUCAAGGCGAAAUGCUAUAGGAGCCAGAAGAAGAAUGAGAAGCCGCAUAGCCUUCAUUUAAAAUUUGCAUCAGUGGACCUUAUGGUGGAAGCUCACUGUACAUGUGAGGCGGGGAACUCCGAAUCUUGCAACCACGUUGUUGGGCUGGCUUACUUUCUGCAGCAUUUAAUUUUGAAUGGCUUUAAAGAAGUCCCAGAAAGUGCAUCAUGCACUUCAAUCCCAAUGGAAUGGAAUAAGCAAAGAGGGAACAAAAUAACUGCAGAAAAAAUACCUGAAAGUGUUUUUAUUGACCCAAACAACAUAAAAAGGACAAAAAAAACAGUUAUUUGUCAAAUAAAAAACCCCAUAAGGAAUGAUGAGUUGAAGAAAAUCAACCAAGCUAGUAUCACAAACCUAAAAACUGUUUUAAAAGAAAUUAACCCGUCCAUACCAUUUGCUAGUACACUAUGUACUGAAAACAUGGCAAAUGAUAGAACAAUACUUCUACAAAAUGGAAUAAAUGUGCCAGCAUCCUCGCUAUUGGGACAUAUGGCUCGUGCUGGGACCAAAAAUGUUGCUGCUACAACAGGUCUUGAGAGGGAUGAACACCUGGACGAUCUACCUAUAGCAUUGCCAUUAGAUGAUAAAGAAAUGGUUGACAUCCUAAUAAGUUUGGCGCUAGUCCACCACGCCUCAUUACAACCAAUCUCUAUGGAGCAAGCAGCAGAAAUAGAGAAAAAGACAAGAACGCAGAACCAGAACGACCUUUGGAAAGAUCUUCGUAAAUUUCGGUUUACCGCCUCAAAAUUUGGUUUUGUUUGUAGAAGAAAACUUUUUAAUGACGAAUUUAUAAAACCAUUUGUGUGCCCUCCAGAUAUCAGUCGUCUAAAAACAGUUGCUCAUGGAUUGAAAAAUGAACCAAUAGCCAUAAGAGAAUUCUUGAAAUCAAAUCCUCAAUUCAAGUAUUUUAAAUGCGGUUUGGUAGUGCACCCAUAUGCUAUUCAUUUGGGUGCAAGCCCAGAUGGCAUUUUGUACGACUGUACAUCUUCUAGUUAUGGGGUUCUAGAAGUCAAGUGUCCUUGCAGCACUAAGGCCGAUAGUUUGGAAGAACACUUGAAAAUAAAAACCUUCUGUUUGCAACAGGACGAAAAUAAUUUAUUAUCGCUAAAGGGCCAGUCAUGCUUAGGAGCGGCUAGGACAUUUCUGUUCAAUUUGGUAGACUCAACUAAGAAAACAAUAAUAGCUCCAGAAAACACAGUUUUAAAUUUACUCGAAGAAAAACAUCCGAACGUUCCUACAACAACAGAAAAAGUCGAAAACGAUAUUGAGGCGUGGCUCAAUAGGUAUAUGGAGCAAACAAAAACAACUUGGAGGAAAGCUGCCAUAUACCCAAAUAGUGGAAAGGUUAAAAUAUUUCGAGUAGAUUUACGUUCUGUACACUUGACAGAUAAAAGAGUAAAGGAAGUGCGUUCAUCCAAAAAUACUGGUUGUCCAGCUAAGUUGAAUAUAAUUAUUAAAAGUAAAACCAAUAAUUUGGAUGGUAAACUAGAAGAUGUUGAUUUGGAAAUCAUGUUUGACCAUCCAGAAUGUCCUGAUCUACCUGAAGUCACUACUGAUCAGAAUAAUGCAGGCCCCUUAAAGUUGUAA